AUGGAUCUGUGGCGGCCCAAAAAUUUGGCAGAAAUGAGAGAAUUAACUGUUGCAGUGAAUUAUUCUCCUGAGCGUGUGGUUUCAGUGAUUGGGUUUUCGAGGUACUAUAGUACAGGCAGCGAGGUUUGGUGUGACUCGCAAGGUACCACAGUUCUAACCGAAAACGUCUACGCGCCUGGAGGGUACCCCGGCUACGGAUGCAAAGACACCAUUCUGAUAGGCAAAGCCUCAUGGUUUGACGCAAGUUCCUUUUGCAUUGCACGCGGAAUGGAUUUUUUAAGCAUUGAAACCAAGGAAGAAUUUGAGUUUGUGGCAGGGCAGAUCCUAGCUAGCGGUCUGCAAAACGAAAACGUAUGGAUUGGAGGAACGGAAAUUGGGUCCGAGAACAGUUACUACUGGGUCCACACCAACUCCCCAGUUGAACUCAGUUACUGGGAUCCCACUGAAGUCCCCGCCGUUGCCAACAGGUGCAUGGUCUUUAACAAAAGCCUCUGGCGGCACGCUGCCUGCUCGGCGUUGAACUACUUCGUCUGCGAGACAUUAGAGGACGCAACAACUAGUUCUACUCCGCUACAAGAUUUUUCUGAAUAA